AUGGCAACCUCUACCCAACGCCCACGAUGGCAGAGAAUUUAUCGCCAGACUCUCACCCUCAUUUACAAGAACUUCCUCAUAUUUUAUAAAACACCUAUCUCGUUAAUUCUGCGGGCUUUGGUUUUCCCCAUCGCUGUUACGCUCAUUUUCAGCUUUCUCAAGCAUAUUCGAGAAAGUGGAUCGAGCUAUGAUGAUCCAUUUGGAAUUUCCGCGACUUCCUUCCCUGUCAAGGACCUACCCGAUGCUAUGAAGGUUGCCUCAAAACAAAAACUUGCCUUUGUACGAAAUGGAGUUUCAAAUGAAACCCUCGGUCCAAUUAUCGAUGGAGUGCUUGGGCAGUCUGGAAUGGACUCAAUGCAAGGCUAUUCAGUUGACGAUCCCAAUGACCUCUUCUAUCUGUGCCAGCAGUCUACUCAAGGGACCAGUGAAUGCUUUGCAGCUGUCAUCUUUCUGGCCUCAAACGAUACAACGGUCGAAUAUAGUAUUGCACUUGACGACAAAUUGCUCUCGGGUUAUGGAUAUGGUAACUAUCAAACUGAUGACACGGUAAUGGCCAAGCGUGUCUUGCCCCUCCAGUGGGCUUUAGAUUCUCAUAUUGGCGGCUUCCAGACUGUCUCAAGGCCUUCGGUGCAACCUUAUGGGGGGUCGCACUACUCAUCACUAUCCAGCGCAGCAGCGCCUCCUACCCAUGCUGAAUUCUGGCUCGACCUAGUCGGCGCGUUUGUUGCUCCUGUCUUCAUCCUCAUCCUAAUCGGCGUCGUGUACCAUCUUGCGACUUUCGUAGCUACGGAAAGAGAGACUUCGAUGGCUGAGUUGAUGGCAGCCCAAAAAGUGUCAAUCACACCCAGGAUACUGUCAACAUUCAUCUCGUUCUUCGCUGUCUACUUCCCCGGGUUUCUCAUCAGCUCAAUUCUCUUGACGAAGAUAUUAUUCACUAGAACAUCCGACAUCUUAUUCCUGUGGGUCACACUUCUGGCUGGUGCUUCCCUGAUUGCUUCGUCACAUUUUCUGGCCUCUUUCUUCGCUAAGGCUCAGCUCGCCGGGCUCUACACCUCAACCCUUGCGUUUGCACUUGCCCUCGUUACCUUAGCCGCGUCCUUGACUAGCGACAACCCUCAGACCCAGGUUACGGCAUUGGCUGCCAUAUUUCCACCCUGCACUUACGCAACUCUCAUUGGCGAUGUCGCAACAAGAGAGUACUACCUGCGGCCCUUCUCUCUUGCACCAAACAGCACCGACUACACCAAUGUAGAUGGCGGUGAGGUAAAGUACCAAUUUAUGAAUGGAUAUCUUUACGUCGUUUUCUUUAUCCUCCAGAUUGUAGUCUAUUCUGCUGCGGCUUAUGGCAUUGAGCAUGGCCUCUGGGGAGUGUCGAGGAACUUCGACACUAUCGAUGCCACAAGUGACGUGGCUGUUCGCUGCACUGGUCUCUCGAAAACUUACUAUGGGAAACGGCCGUGGUACUGGCCGUUUAUGAAUAAGGGCGGGCCAGUUAAGGCUGUAAGCGAUCUUAACUUGGAAGUCAAAAAAGGUUCGGUUACAUUCCUGCUUGGUCCAAACGGCGGUGGGAAAACUACGACGCUCAAGUGCACUGCUGGUAUGACUGCGAUGGACCCCGGAUCGCAGCUGGAGCUUAAUGAAGCUGGGUUGGUCUUUGGUAUAUGUCCACAAAGCAAUGUAUUCUGGGACUCACUUACUGUCCAAGAGCAUAUCAAAAUAUGGAGACAGCUUAAGACUGCCGCUUUCGAAGACCUCGCCGUUGACGAUGACGAUGUCUUGGUGGAGUGCGACCUAUUGGGAAAGGCCGGUGCUUGUGCAAAAACUCUCAGUGGUGGGCAAAUGCGGAAAUUACAACUUGCUAUUUCAUUUGUUGGUGGAUCGAAAGUCUGCUGUAUUGAUGAAGCCUCUAGUGGCUUGGACCCCCUUUCAAGACGUAAUAUCUGGAAUAUCAUACAAAAAGGCCACGCUCGACGCACUAUACUUGUCACUACUCAUUUCUUGGACGAAGCUGAUGUCUUAGCUGACCACAUUGCCAUUCUUUACAAAGGUAAAUUAGUCUGCGAAGGACCUGGAACCUCGCUCAAAGCACGAUUUGGAGACAACUAUUCAAUUCGAAGCAAUAAUGAUGCCGAGGACGACAAUUUGGUGUGGCGGUCUCCAAAUUCAGCCGAAGCCACCAGAAAGAUUAUUGAGUUGGAAGAGCUCUCGGAAGACAACACUUUCAACGUGGUCUUUCCAACACUGGAGCAAGUCUUUCUGAAAGUCACAUCGGAUUCCCACACCGUAAUUCGCGAUCAUGGCGGUGAUGGUAUUGUUGGCGAAGAGGAAAAUGAAACGGUCAUCGAUGAGAAAGUCUUUGCUCUGGAGCAAGAGAAUGCAAGGGACAUUGAUCUCGACAUUGGACAUUCGAUUGGUCUUGCCAGACAAAUCUCGGCAUUGUUCAAUAAGCGAUACUUGCUGCUCAUGCAAAAAGCUGGCUGGAUUUCCUACGCUAUUAACCUCAUAAUCCCGAUUAUCAUCGCAGCAGCCUUAGUAAAGUUCGUUCCCAAAUUCGAUGCCCUUCAGACAUGUGCCACGAAUGAUCAACUUCUUCACGAGGCUUCCAGUGGCAAUUAUUCGUCUCCUUAUAGCGCACCAACGUUCGCACCCCUCGAAGACGGAACCAUUCCUUCAAUCUACGUAUAUACAACAUCUAAUCCUUCAGGUUACCAAUCAUCCAAUACCAAGGCAAUUCUAGGCCCAACUUCCGAAUGGACCAACACCGCCCAAGACGACCUUUAUGCAUCGGUUGUCAGCCGCUAUUUCAGCAACUCGGGAUCAAGGUCCGCAACAAAUAGCACUUGGCAGACCACAGAAGCUCUCGCCACUCGAGCUUUCGUCAAUACUACAGACGAUAUGAUUGCCGAGAUCAGCAACUCCACCCGGCAGUCGACCGUACCUUUCACCAUAUUCGCGCCCUCAGAUGAGAGUGCAGUGAUGUUCUACAAGACGCUUGAGUACGAAGAAGCAAUCGGGGAAAGUAUGAUCGGAUUUAGUAUAAUUACCAAUCGGAUCGCGAAUAGUACCAAGAAGACUGGAAUUGCCAAGCAGAUGAUCCCGUCGAUUCGAUCAAUGCGCCAUGCCGAGAACAAAGUCGACUUUAGAUCGAUGCCCAUCGAUGUCUUGAUUGCGCUAUCGUUUAUUGCUGCGGCAAGCAUCGCAGUCAUAUAUCCCGCAUUCGAGAAGAACAAUCGUGUUCGAGCUCUUCAAUAUUGCAAUGGUGUUUCGCCUUUUGCCCUCUGGCUUGGAUACCUGCUUUUCGACCUCCAGCUCAUUGUCAUCCAGGCUUUCAUCGUUUGGGGGAUUCUCUUUACGGGACCAGCUGCAAAGGUUUGGUAUGCCCCAAGCUAUAUUCUUGGGGUGUUUAUUUUGUUCGGUAUUGCAACCUAUCUCGGUACCUACGUGCUAUCUCUUUUCACCAAGAAGGCAGCUUUUGCAAUCGCAGCUGGUAUUCAUGUUCUACUAUCCGCCAUAUAUCUAGUUGGCUACAUCAUGAACCAGUCGUUUGGCAAUUCAGAUAACCUUCACGAGACGUAUUCGGCGAUUCAAUAUGCUGUCGGCUUGACAUCUCCAGGUGCCAAUCUUCUAAGAGCAUUAUUCUUAGCCAACAACAGUUUCGAAAUUCUUUGUGGCAAGUAUGGAGUCGCAGAUACCAGCAAUCCUUUUGCAUAUGUCCGGUAUGGAAGUGUCUACGCAAACCUCUUCAUCCAAAUAAUCUUCCUCAUUACCGUGCUUGGCGUAUACGAGUACGGAAGCGCAGACUGGAUACGUCGAAACAUCACCAACCGCGGAAUUCCCGCUCGUCUCCACUACAUUGUCGAGUCCAACAACGAAGAAAAUGCAGCCGCGCUUGCGGAGAAGAACGCAAGGGCCAACAAAUCUCAGAUCCUUGACGUCUCCCGCAUCUCCAAAUUCUUCGGCAAGGUCUUCGCUGUUGAGAACGUUUCCUUCUCCAUCUCUCAGAACGAAACCCUCGCCCUGCUCGGCGGAAACGGUGCGGGGAAAACGACAGUCAUCAACAUGAUUCGCUCCGAACUGAAGCCCGACUUUGGCAGCAUUCAUCUCGAUGGCGUAUCUGUUCAGAAAGAUCCGCAUCGUGUAAGGUUGAAUAUGGGUGUCUGUCCCCAAGACGACGCGAUCGAUAACUUGACAGUACGCCAAACGCUCAGCUUCUACGCCACUGUUAAAGGUCUCAAAAAUGUCGUCGGUAAUGUAGACAAAGUGCUCAAAGCGCUAAACAUAGCUUCUUACCAAGACCUGUCCGUCAAAGCUCUUUCUGGUGGCACAAGACGCAAGCUCAGUGUCGCUAUUGCCAUUCUCGGCAACCCCCGCGUUCUGCUAUUAGAUGAACCGAGUACAGGUCAAGACGCAGGAGCGAAACGUGUCUUAUGGAAAGCCCUCCAGGAUAUCAGUGUCAACCACGCGAUUCUCCUCACAACGCAUAGUAUGGAGGAAGCAGAAGCGCUCGCUACAGACGUUGCUAUCAUGGGGACCAAAAUGCUGGCUACUGGUACGCUUACUUCCUUGCAAGAAAGUCACGGUGGCGCGUAUAGUGUUCGCGCCGUCAGAGUCCCGGGCACGAAUGCGCAGGAAGUGAAGCAGGUUGUGCAGGAGCGGUUUUGGGGACGGGUGGCGAAUUAUGUGGAUGGGCAUGGGCAAGUGAGCUUCAAUCUACCACAUGACAAGCGCGCGUUGGGGGCUAUUAUGAGGGUUAUGGAGGGGUUGAAGGGGGAUGUUGUUGAGGAGGAAGGACGCGUGGAAGGGAGUGCGGCAGGGGGGAGGGAAUUAGAGAGGUUUAUUCAGGAUUAUACCAUUCAGGGACCUACGCUAGAGGAGGUGUUUAUGAAUGUUGCGAGGGAGAAUGGUGAUGUGGGAAUUCCUGGGGUGUAG